UCUCACUCCACCUGCUGCUUCUGCUCACGGCUGGUUGGGAGUGAGGAGCAUGGGGACAGUGGUAAGAGCUGGGACCAAUGUCCAGGUCUGGGCAGUCUGUCUGCUCCUGGCAUUCCCCACCAUGGCCACUGGUAAGACAUGCAAGCUGGGCCUGCAGAGUGGGAGCUUCCGGUUGGUGGGAGAACUUGGGGAGAGGGGCCAGGAGAGUGAACCUGGAGUUGCUCAGCCUGAAGUAGACACUACCCUGGGCCGUGUUCGAGGCCGGCAGGUGGGCGUGAAGGGCACAACCCGUCGUGUGAAUGUCUUUCUGGGCAUCCCGUUUGCCCAGGCACCACUAGGGCCCAGCCGGUUCUCAGCCCCGCGCCCGGCACAGUCCUGGGAGGGUAUACGGGACACCAGCACGGCCCCGCCGAUGUGCCUACAGGAAGUGGAGAGAAUGAACAACUUCAGGUUUUUGCUGAAUGGAAAGCAUCAGGUCUUCUCUAUUUCAGAGGACUGCCUGAUCCUUAACAUCUACAGCCCAGCUGGGGCCACUGCAGAGGCUGGGAGGCCGGUCAUGGUGUGGAUUCAUGGGGGCUCAAUGAUGGUUGGUGCAGCCACUUCCCAGGACGGGUCGGCCCUGGCUGCCUUUGGGGAUGUAGUAGUGGUCACAAUCCAGUACCGCCUUGGUAUCCUUGGCUUUCUCAGCACUGGAGACAGGCAUGCGCCAGGCAACUGGGCCUUCCUAGAUGUGGUGGCUGCUCUGCGCUGGGUGCAGGGAAACAUCACCCCCUUUGGGGGCAACCCCAACUGUGUCACCAUCUUUGGGGGGUCUGCAGGUGGCCUCAUUGUUUCUGCUCUGGUCCUGUCCCCGCUGCCUGCGGGGCUGUUCCACAGAGCUAUAGCACAGAGCGGAAUCAUCACAGUCCCAGGGAUCCUGGAUUCUGACCCACUUUCCCUGGCUCAGGACUUUGCGGACUCCUUGGCCUGCAGCUCCAACUCCACAGCUGAGAUGCUGCAGUGCCUUCGACAGAAGACAGGUGAAGAAAUGAUCCUUACCAAAGAGUCCCGCCAGAAAAUUAAUAUCAUGCCCUACACCAUUGAUGGUACCUUCUUUCCCAAGAACCCCAAGGAGCUUCUGAGGGAGAAGCAGUUCCACCCUGUGCCCUUCCUCCUGGGCGUCACCAAUCAUGAGAUUAGCUGGCUUGUCCCCAGGGGCUGGGGUAUCCUGCAACAGACUGAGGAGAUGAGCCAAGAGGACAUACUGACUCUUCUGAGGGCCGCAAUGACCACAAUGGACAUCCCCCCCGAGCUGUGGCUCAGCGUCCUAGAUGAAUACGUAGGCAACACUUUGGACCCACGGACCAAACGCGAUGCAAUUCUGGACUUGAUGAGUGACAUUUACUUCAAUUUUCCCAUCGUGAACUUCUCAAGAAACCUCCAAGAUUCUGGGGGCCCCAUCUUUUUCUAUGAGUUCCAGCAUCGACCCAGUUCUUUUGUGAAAAUCAGGCCAGACUGGGUGAGAGCUGACCAUGGGGCCGAGAUGGCUUUCGUGUUCGGGGGCCCCUUCCUCACGGAUGAGAACUCCCUCCUGGCCUUUCCAGAGGCCACAGAGGAGGAAAAGCAGCUGAGCCUCACCAUGAUGUCUCAGUGGGCACACUUUGCCAGGACAGGGGACCCCAAUGGCGAGGGGCUGCCUUAUUGGCCCGUCUUCAACCAAUCGGAACAAUACCUGGAGGUCAGCCUGGCGCCACGGGUUGGCCAGAAGCUCAGGGAAACCUGGAUGAAGUUCUGGGCAGAGACACUCCCCACUAAGAUCCAACAGUGGCAGCAGAAGCAGAAAGGCAGGAAGGCCCAGGAGGAGCUUUGA